AUGUACGGAGUGACUGCAUUCUCCAUUGUCUUUGUGAACAAAUUGGUGCUCAGUGUGUACAGGUAAGGCGAGCGCUGUUUUUUUAGUUGAAGGCGUAUCAAAAAAAUGUUUAUUAGUAUUUGAGUAGUUCAUGGAAAAGACUUUCGAAGUGUUUCGAACAGUGCGGUGGCCCCCGCGCACGGUCCAUUCUUUGCUUCCGAGAGGGCCACAGCAGUCGGUACUGCGGAAAUCUGGCAAUCUGAAAGUGCCCUGAGGUUCGAAGCCAUCGAAAAAAAUUAUACCAGGGUUGUAGUACUAGUCGCGACAUAAAAAAUCUCUGGUUGGAGAUCGCACAGAGCCACAGAAAAGACGUAUGGAAAAAAUGUGAAAAGUAGACGUUAAAACAGGAUUUUUUUUUUAGAUUUCCCUCUUUCUUGGUGCUGUCCCUUCUUCAAACAGUGUUCACAGUGGCCCUACUUUGCGUGUUGAACAUUGCUGGGAAGCUUGAGAUAAAACGACCAUCAAAAAAUGUCUUAAUUGCGGUAAGAAUUAUUAUGUUCUUUACCAAUUUGUUCACAAAAUCUUUGAGUGAUUUUUUCGCAUUUGCACUGUUCAUAAGGAGGCAGGAUGCGGGAACCCAAAAAGCCUAUUGUUCAGUGCAAAGCGAACUUUUGUUUUCUCACUGUGCUUGUCGUUGAAGUCACUCCAGUGACUUUGCAAAUGGACUAGACUCUAAAAUUUGUCGGGAAAAUAGUGGCGGAUCGUUGCAGCAAGAUGCUUUCGGCUCGGACGAUUCCAAAGCGCAACGGCCGCCACAGUUUUCCCGACGGACUGAUACCUGUUAAGUUUAGAUCUCUCCACUGGUUGUCCUUUUUUUGUUCAACCUGACGUUCGGCCUGGGAAGUACAAAAUACCUUACUCUGCCAAUGUUUACCAGCCUCAGACAUUCCACUGUGUUCGUCACGAUGAUCUUAGAGUUUGUCUUUCUGCGGUGAGAUUGCCUUUGCCUGCAUAAUGAAGUACGUACUUUCAGUGUAACACCAAAGAAAAAUACAGUCAUAAGUGUCGGAAUUAUUGUGUUGGGCGCAGUCUUGGCUGCAUGGUAAGCAAAUUAUCUUCUAAAUCUAGUUUUUUAACAAGGAAAGUACUUUUAUGGGGGCUCCUACUUUUUGACGGGACAUAUCUCAAAAAAUCAGAAAAAAUGUGCUGAUUAAGGAUAUAUAAAUCUUAGCUGCCCAUUUUAGGUUUUUAGGGAUGAAAACGCAAUCGGAAGUUGACUUAAAGUCCUAUAUGAACCCCUUUUCGCUUAAUUUUUCACGGGUUUACAAUUUUUAUUUUGGCUUAAAAUGAUGUUUAUUGAGUUUCUAAGACGUAAUAAAUCAGUCUUGGCCCAAAAAUUUAUUUUUCCGACCUUCAACUUCAAAAAAAGUUGAUUCAGUCCAAAAGGGAAAUCGAACCCGUGCGGCGUCCUCCCUCUUGAUUCCCAGACUACGGCACUAACCACUCGGUCACACCGCUCUCUUCCGAAGGAAGAGACCGACUGCGCUUUUUAUCGUUUCGAAUGCCUGCGCCUUUUGUAGGGAAAUUAAGACAGUUUUUGGGCAUUUUCACCCAUAAAAACCCAAAAUGGGCAGCUAAGAUUUAUAUGUCCUUGAUCAGCAAAUUUUUUCUGAUUUUUUGAGAUAUGUCCCGUCAAAAAGUAGGAGCCCCCAUAAAAGUACUUUCCUUGUAAAAUUGAUUUCAGCUUUGAUCUAAACUUUAAUUUGAUGGGGUAUCUUUAUGUUACGAUUAACAACACAGCCACGGCAUUGAAUGGGGUGUAUGUGAAACAUGUUUUCAACAAAGAUGCAAGUGUUUUAAAGUCCUUGCAUUUAUCAAGGGUAAUUUUAGUUCAUGUCCACAACCGAUGUGAUGUUUUACAAUAAUUUGCUGACAACGCCCGUCUUAUUCUUUCUGUGUUCGAGCCAAAAUGAACUUGAAUUUGUAAGUAGCCGGUUUAUCAAUAUUGCCUACAUAUUACAUACUUUAGACUUGGAUUUUCUUCCAGUUGAAUCCAAAUCGGGUGACAUUAGCAGUUCUAAUCUUGCUAUCUCUGAUCUCCGGCUUAUUCCUUGGCUAUUUUAUGUUUCAAUGCACCAAAUACAACUCAGCCUUGGGUACUGCGUUUAUUGGUGUGUUCAAAGUGAGUAACGCAAACAUUAUUUAGCAUUUUUUUAGAACGUAAUCAUCACUUACGCUGGAAUGUUCACAGGAGACUACGACUUCAACUGGUGCAACUUCUUCGGUGUUACACUGGCAACGCUGGGAUCGUUGACAUAUCUGGCUUCCGUAUUCUCAAGUCCAACAGUUGUUGCUGAGAAGACAGAGGCAAAAGAUGUUGAGAGAAAUGCUGUGAUUGCGGCUUAG